ACAAUCAGGAGGCCGGACGAGGGGAGAGGUAUCUACACGACAGAAACCCCUACUCCCACACAUCGUUUUUCCAGGCCUCAUGGGGCCGUCGACACCGCAAGGUGUACCUGGUGAUGGCAACCAUAGUGCAACAGGAAGCAAUGACAGCGCUGACACUGGAAGCAGCGUUAGUGUAAGGGACUACCCAUCACGAAAAAGCGCUACCUCUCUUCUAUCAGGCGGGAGCACGGGGGGUAGCUGCAUCGAUAGCUUGGGUGGCCCCAAAAUCAAAACUUUCGUCGGCCGGUUGCUGAAAACGAAAUGCAUGGAUGCCUUGUUGGAGCAAGUGGCCAACUCGGAAUUACAUCGGACGCUGGGAGCUUUCGAUUUGACUUUACUCGGCGUCGGAGAAAUAGUGGGUACGGGCAUCUUCGUCCUGACCGGGACGGCGGCCGCAAACCACGCGGGCCCUGCCGUGGUUCUAUCCUUUGUCAUCGCAGGCAUUGCCUCCAUGUUCGCGGCUCUGUGCUACAGCGAACUGGCCUCGAUCAUUCCCGUGGCGGGCUCUGCCUACACGUAUUCGUACGCGACGCUGGGCUCCUUUGUAGGCUGGACUAUUGGGUGGGACCUGUGCCUGGAGUACCUGGUAGGGGCCGCGACUGUCAGUGUGGGGUGGUCUGCAUACCUCCGUAGCUUUCUGGCCUCGGUCGGAUACGACAUGCCCACGAAAUGGAGCCGGAGUCCAGUGGGCUGGGACGUGCACCGGGAAGCCUUCUAUGUGACCGGCGACUACGUGGACCUGCCAGCUAUGGCCAUCGCGCUCGUGAUGACGGGGCUGCUCGUCUUCGGGAUCAAGGAGAGCGCGCGGAUCAACGCUGUCAUCGUCGCGAUCAAGCUCUCGGUGAUUGUUAUUUUCAUUUGCGCCAUGGGCCCGCACGUGGACCGGUCGAACUGGGAGCCCUUCGUCCCGCCCAACGAGGGCACUUUCGGGCGCUACGGCAUCAGCGGUAUCUUCCAAGGGGCUUCCGUUGUCUUUUUCUCCUACAUCGGCUUCGAUAGCGUCAGCUGCUGCGCGCAGGAGUGCAAGAAGCCCGAGCGCGACCUCCCUAUUGGCACCCUUUCUUCGCUGGCGAUCUGCACCACGCUCUACAUCCUGGUCGCGCUCAUUGCCACCGGCCUUCUCCCCUACUACGAGUUCAAGGGCAUCGCCCACCCCAUAUCCUAUGCCGUGGAGGGCAUCGAGGGGUACGAGUGGUUGGAGAUGGUCAUCAACAUUGGCGCUAUCGCCGGUCUCACCUCGGUCAUCCUUGUCUCCCUCAUGAGUCAGCCCCGCAUCUUCUACGCCAUGGCCGUUGACGGCUUCGUGCCUGCGUUUGCCGCCAAGGUCCACCCCAGAUAUAAGACACCCUGGGUCACCACCAUCAUCACUGGGGCCCUCUGUGCGCUGUGCGCAGGGAUCUUGCCCAUCGAAGUGUUGAGCGAGUUGACCUCGGUCGGCACCCUUUUCGCUUUUGUUCUCGUCUGUAUAGGUGUCUCCGUGCUGCGGUAUCGGCGUCCGAAUCUAGAGCGCAAGUUCCAGGUACCUUUCGGACCGUGGUUGAUUCCAGGUCUUGGCGCAUCGAUCAGUUUUCUUCUAAUUUGCACUUCAAGCACUCACACCAUUUACCGGCUGAUGGUGUGGAUGGCGAUAGGAUGGAUCAUAUAUUUCGUGUGGGGACUCGAGAAUUCUCAAAAGGUGAUGGAGCGCACAAUUCUACCAAAUCGCGAACAUGACGAUGGGAAUACUUUAAACGAAGGGCGGGGGGCUGAGACGGGGGUGGCGAUGGUAACGACCGACUCGUAGAGCAGAGAGCGACAGGAGACUCAAGUAUAAGGCACAAAGUACGGUAAAGGUCAUCUUAAGCGAUAAGAUGAGAGGAUAACAGGUGACAUAAACUGAUAAUCAUUACAAGUGUGUAGAGCAUAUGAUGGUACAUAACUCAGAGGCACCUACUGCCUGUGCUUGCCUAUAGGCAACUAUAACGUAACUUCAUUUACAGGGGAGCAACGACUUAAAAGCACUAUGACAACAUGCAAAUAAGAUA